GCUAUUCGCGAAGCGAGGCGGUGCCAUGGAAGGCCUGACAAGAUCGGCGAUUUGCAUCGAUCCAACGCAGCUGCUCUUGCUGCGCAGCAAGAAGUACAAGCGCGUCGGAAGGCGCAGGAAGAGAAUUUGGACAUGCGAUCCGAGGAAUCAGCCGACGAUUCCGAUGUGGGUCACCCUUCGAACCAAGUGGCCGGCGAGGCCAUCGAACGUUGGGUGGAGAUCAAGUCGCCGGCAGCGUAUGCCAUGGAGCGACUUCAGCAACGUCUCCCGGCUCCUCAAGUUGGUGGUGGCUAUGCAAUUCCAGCGGACCAGUACGAUGCUGUGAUUCUGGCUGUGGCGCCGCUGCAGAGUUUGUGGUUGGCAGCGGGUGAAGCAGGGCUACGGUGUGCCUUCGGUCGCGCCGACGAGUUGGGAGCGUUGCUCCCUUUGGUCAAGUCCGACAUGGUCGGUCGGAUGUUUUUCCAUGGGCCCGGAGGUAGCGGAAAGACGUACAUGCUGACGGAAGUGGUGCUUCCGGUCUACGAACAAUAUCUGCCGUCGUGUGCCAGGGGCGUGGCUGCGCAGAACUCGGCAGCUCGUCUGAUUCGCGGAUGUACUUUCCAUUAUCUGGCAGGGCUUACGAGGAAUCAGGCGCUGGCCAUCAAAAAGCCGAGCAAGUCGCGUAUGGCGGCGUUGGUUCGGCGAUGGGCGCGGCUGGCUCUGCUCUUCAUCGACGAGAUUUCUUUGGCUCCGCCUCCUUUGCUUGCCGUUCUGAAUGCGUGCGCUGGCUGGGGUCGACAGGAAGUUGCCGGACUAAAGGAUGUGACCGACUUCCAGGAGCAUGCACUUGGUGAUAUCUUGUGCCAGAUCAUGUCCGGCGACUUUCUGCAGCUCAACCCUGUUCUGAACCAUUCGCUCAUGGAGUAUGACAACAUGGAUGCC